GUACUUUUAAGGCGCUACUUACGGUUAUGUGACUGAAAUAUGGGUGAAAGGACGGAUGAUAAUGAUGUAGUAGUCACAAUAGGAGUUUGUGCAAUGGCAAAGAAAGCAAUGUCAAAACCAAUGAAGGAAAUUUUGAGAAGAAUGGACAAGUUCCAGCACAUUAAGAUAAUAAUAUUUGACGAGAAAAUGAUAUUAGAUUCACCAAUAGAGUCAUGGCCCAUCUGUGAUGCACUGGUCAGUUUUUAUUCUGAAGGAUUUCCUCUCAAAAAAGCUAUUGCUUAUUCGAAGCUGCGGAAGCCUUACCUUGUCAAUGAUCUUGAGUCCCAAUACAUUUUGAUGGAUAGGAGAAGGGUUUAUGAGUGCUUGAUGAGAGAAGGUGUUCCAGUUCCGAGAUAUGCAUUUGUUGAUAGAACAUCAGAAAACCCAGUGAAAGUUGUUGAGCUUGACGAUUCGAUUGAGAUUAAUGGUGAGGUUUUUCACAAACCAUUCGUAGAAAAACCUUUGCAUGCUGAAGAUCAUAAUAUCUACAUCUACUUCCCUAGUAGCGCUGGAGGAGGCAGUCAGCGUCUCUUUCGAAAAGUUGGAAAUCGCAGCAGCAAGUACUUUCCACACAGUAAUAUUCGAACAAAUGGAUCUUAUAUGUAUGAGGAAUUUAUGCCAACGGAUGGUACAGAUGUAAAGGUUUACACGGUCGCAGAUGAUUAUGCUCAUGCAGAGGCUCGAAAAUCUCCUGCCUUAGAUGGGAAGGUAGAACGAGAUCACGAAGGUAAAGAAGUUCGCUAUCCUGUCAUACUAACACCUAGAGAGAAAAUCAUUGCCAAGAAAGUAGCAAAAGCUGUUCGGCAGCAAAUCUGUGGAUUCGAUCUUCUUCGGGCUAAUGGAAUGUCUUAUGUUUGUGACGUAAACGGAUUUUCUUUUGUAAAGUCUUCCAAAAAGUACUAUGAUGACUGUAGUCACAUUCUUGGUGUGCUAAUUACUCGAAAAAUAGCACCACGAUUGUGUUUGCCGACCAACUUGCCUCCAGGUACAGAUGUAGAUACUCCGCUGGUACCAACAACUUGUGGAGCAAUUAUGGAACUUCGUUGUGUAAUCGCUGUCAUUCGUCAUGGUGACAGAACGCCAAAACAGAAAAUGAAAAUGGAAGUUUGCCAUCAGAAAUUUUUCUCAUUUUUCACUAAGUACGCAGGUGGUUGGGCUCGUGAAUUAAAAAUCAAACGUCCUACCCAGUUGCAAGAAAUUUUAGAUAUUGUGCGAUCCAUUUUGGAAGAAAUUGAUUCUGGCCAGUGUACUGAUAAUUGUCUUCUUCGAAUAAAGCCAAAGUUUGAGCAACUAAAAUAUGUCUUAGAAAUGUAUGGGUCAUUUAGUGGAAUUAACCGUAAAAUUCAGUUAAAAUAUCAACCACAUGGAAUUGGUAAAGAAUCAAAAAUUGGUUAUUCAAGUAGUAUUCCAAUAUCUUGUGACUGUACUGACGAAUGUGACAACACCCAACCUUGCUUAUUAGUUGUCGUGAAAUGGGGUGGAGAAUUAACAGCCGCAGGCAAGCAACAAGCAGAAACUCUAGGAAAAGCUUUUCGUUGCAUUUACCCAGGUGGAGAUGGCCACUAUGGUAAAGAUCCUGGUCUUGGAUUAUUACGUUUACACAGUACUUAUCGUCAUGAUUUGAAGAUAUAUGCUUCUGACGAGGGUCGGGUCCAAAUGACAGCUGCAGCUUUUGCUAAAGGUUUCUUGGCACUAGAAGGAGAACUACCACCAAUCCUUGUUCAGAUGGUCAAGUCAGCUAAUACGAACGGUCUUUUAGAUAAUGAUAACGACUGUCGUCACUAUCAGCAGAUGGUCAAACGUCGAAUCAAUGAAGUCAUGUCAAAAAACAGCGAUUUCACCGCUGAAGACAUUGCUACUCUUGUUCCUACCGGCGCACGUUCUAUAAUUAAUGCUAUGCAGUAUGUUAAAAGCCCGUAUAGAGCAUGUGGUCGCCUGUUUGAACAUGUUCGUCUGUUAUCUAAUCGUCUUGCUUGGCUCUCACGAAGUUCCAAAGAACGCAGUCGAAUACACUUGUAUCAAGGUGAAAGUUGGGACCUAUUGCUCAGACGUUGGGGAAAGCUAUUAAAAGAUUUCCGAUCUCCUGAAGGAGAAUAUGAUCUUUCUAAAAUUUCAGAUAUAUAUGACAACAUAAAAUAUGACUUACAACAUAAUUCUGGGAUUUUACUAGAAUCUGAGGUGCAAGAUUUCUUCAUGUGUGCAAAGUCGCUAGCUGACAUUAUUGUCCCACAGGAAUAUGGUAUAACAAAAGAAGAAAAACUAGUGAUAGGUCAACGUAUUUGUACUCCACUUAUGCGAAAAAUUCUAUCAGAUGCUCGUUAUACAGAUGUAGAUGAGUGUACACGGCUGCAUGCUGGCCAUCGCCCAAAUCACGGUGAACCUUGUCCCGAUUGUUAUUCAAAAGGAGUUGCUUCACCUGAACGAUUUGUUCGUAGUCGCUUGUAUUUCACUAGUGAAAGUCAUAUUCAUUCAUUACUUACUUGUCUAAGAUAUGGUGAAUUAGCAGACAUUGUAACAGAUGAACAAUGGAGACGUGCUAUGGAGUAUGUGUCGUCUAUUUCUGAAAUUAAUUAUCUUGCUCAAAUUGUAAUUAUGAUUUAUGAAGAUCCUACUGUGGAACCGAAAACUGAAAAACGAUUCCAUGUUGAACUACACUUUAGUCCUGGUGCUUUUGCAUUAUGCCAUGAUCUCCCUGAAGGGAGUGGUUUUCGAUCGGGAAAAUUGGUGCGUCUGAAUUCUCAAAUGAGUGUAAUGAGUAGCGGUACAUCUGUGGAUAAAGGAAGUUCUGACUCAAUGCCGCAAUCAACAAUCCCUUCUGUUACACCUAUUGUUCCUGCUAGUGAACAAGACAUGAAAGAUCUGUUUGAUAAAUAUAGUGGUAGACAAACAGAUCGAAGUAGUGAAUAUCACCAGAAUCUUGGGUCAUUUGACUCAAGUGAAUGUUCAUUCUCGGGAUCUUCCGCUAACGACAAAGCUUCAGAUUUGUUUCGUUGGAGUUUUGAUAGUGAUAGGAAUACGUAUGAAUUAUGUAAGAAUCAAACAGAGACUUUUAAUGAUUCAUCUCUUACCGAGCAAUGUCCGGUUCGCAGGUCACAUAGUGUUCGUUGUAACCUCGCUUCAAAUGUUUCUCGAGAAAACACUGUUAAUCACGAAGAAACUUUGAUUGUCAACCACAGAUCGCAAUCUCAAGGUCGUCCUUCUGUUUUGCCAUUAUCACCUGUACCAUCAACCUCUACGCUAGAAUUAAUUGGGACUCCUACAGCGUCAAAUACAGAAGUUGGUAUUGGACGAUUUACUGUCACGCGGUUCACUGAUAAUAAAAGUGGUUUGGGUUCAACUUUUCCAAAUGAAUCGAAAACUGAUAAUUUAUUGUCGACAUUACCGUAUACAAAUAAACUAAAAACAUAUCACCUCAAACAUUUUUCACGUUCGAAUUUCUGCCAAAAUUCUGCCCGUAAUAGGUCUAAUUCAUGUCAUCCUGAUGUUUACAGAAAGACAAAUUUAGCUACAACCCUAUCAUCAAAACCUAGAUAUUCAUGUAUUUCAAAACUACUUCAAACGACAGGUAAGCUUACUGAUUUUGGCGAGUUUAAGAAAUAUGAUUAUCAUGAACAACUGUCUUUUGAAUGUUCCUGUUCAAAUACUAAUUCGUCACGUUUCGCUCCUGUAAUUCAAUGGCUUUCAAAGCAGUCAGAACACUUAGUGAAAUCAGAUGAAAAAUGUGACAAUGGGGAUCACAAAUCAAAUUCAAUCAACAUAGAAGACAAGAGAGUUCGAGAAACACCGAAAUGGCUAACUUUGGGGGCUCGUAAAUUAUACGAUUCGGCUGGUUCAAAUAAUUCUACUAGAAUAAAUCAACAUAAUAGCACAGGCUCUGUCCAUUCAUCAAAAAAUCAAGAUUUAACUUCCACAUCUACUCGAGCUCAUUUAACUCCACUUCCUUCUGAUGAACCGGUGUGUCCCAACGAAUCGACUCAAUUUGCAAUGGAUUUGCCAUUUAAUCAAAUUAAUUCUCAACCAGUCAACAAUUUUUUGUCAUCAUCUGGGGCUGACAGUGGUGUAGAUGAUGAUCCUGUUAUCAACCAAACUUUGAAUGCUAUCACUUACCCUAGUCGUCAAAGUCCAUAUCAUUUAGAUAUUGGACGUCUUAUAAGAGAUUUCAUUCAUUCUGUUGGUAAUUUACUAAAUAGGUUCGUUAAGUUUUUUAUCCUUUUAAUAUCCCUUUUUUAACGGCCCCACUGCACCUUCUCCCUCAAGUUAGCCUUAUCGUUUUACUUACUAAACACCAAGUUGUUGUACAAUUUCAUUCUUUUUAAUUUAUCAGCAUAAAAAUUGUCAAGCUAUUUGCUAGAAGCAUUUCAAUUAACUCAGACAAACUCAAGUUUCAAAGUAAUAGUUCAUCAUUUCCUGUUUAUAGCAAUUGAUUGUCCAAACAAAUAAUUGAUAGUUAUAUUCAAGGGUUACUAGAGAUACAUCUAAUAAAAUGAAGCAAAUACACGAGAAAAAUGAAAACUAUUCAUCACUAUUUGUUCUUUUUUUUAGCUGUUGCCACGGGAGCGCCGUUUGCACCGCCAAUAUGUCGAAGUCUUAUAAGUACAGCGGUUAUACGUGGUUCACGUGAUGAUAGCCAAGCAUCUAGUAGUGUUCCUGAUUUUAAGAGAUUAACAGAAGAUAUAAGCGUGGCACCACGAACAUUAACACGUAAGUGGUUUGUUCACUUUAACUAUUUGUUUUUAUUGUUUUUUCUACCGAAAAACGCGACUUCCACAUUUUUUUAUCUGGAUUAUUACUUACGCCUGUUACCCCUCUUGAAGGAGCAUAGGCCACCCACCAGCAUUCUCCAUACAACUCUGUUCUGAGCAAUCCUUUCCAGUUGCUAUUCAUCCUUUUCAUAUCUGCUUGAAAUUUCCGGCGUAGUGUGUUCUUUUAUCUUCCUCUUUUCCGUUUCCACUCGAGAUUCCAUAUUAGGGCUUGUUUCCGUAACGCAGUUUGGUGGCUUCCUCAGUGUAUGUCCUAUCAACCUCGAGGGUGUUUUCACAGUUUCCUCUUCAACAGGGAGCUGGUUUGUUCUCUCUCACAGUAAAAUGUUACUGACGGUAUCCGGUCAACGGACAUUAAGUAUCUUUCGUAGACAGUUGUUUAUAAAUACCUGUACUUUUUGAUGAUGGUUGUAGUAGUUCUCAAAGUUUUAGCUCCGUACAGUAGAACUGUUUUGACGUUCGCAUUGAAGAUUCUGUGGUUGAUACUGGUUGACAGUUGUUUUGAGUUCCAUACGUUUUUCAGUUGUGGGAAUGUUGCCUUUGCUUUGUCGACCCUCUCCUUUACGUCUGCAUCAUAUCCCCCUUUUCAUCGAUGAUGCUGUUCAGGUACAUCAGAGUCUCCACAUUUCCAGCGAUUCUCGUUCAAGUGUGAUUGGGUUGAUGUUUCCUGUGCUGUAUUUGAGGAUCUUGCUUUUCCUUUGUGUAUGUUUGAGGUCUACUGAUGCAGAGGCUUUUGCCACACUAGUUGUCUUGACUUGUAUUUUUCCGUGUAUAUGGGAUAGAAUGACCAGGUCAUCUGCGAAGUCCAGUUUGUCUAGUUACAUUCAUGGAUUAUUAGAUAGAAAUUGGUGUUGUGCAUACAGUGAUAAGAACAAUGAGUGUUUUUGUCAUCGAAAUUUACAUUAGGCCUAAUCGCGUUCACACAUGAAUUAAAUGACAGCUCUACUGUGAUUUUCUUCUAAAUAUCUGUGUUUUCAUGGGUUUUGUUAAUAGUGCGUAUGAUUUAUAAAACGUGUAUUUCAAACAAACUAUAACACAUCACAUUUUAAUCUGCCGUAACUUACGAGAAGUUGUAUGUUCCCUUUCAGUUGCUUUUUUAUAUUUCUAUUGUAUGUAAAUAUUUUUUUUCCAAUUUUAACUUUUUCUUGAUUUCAAUAGAUACUUCUACUAGAAACCAGCUAAAUUCAAGCACAAUAUCAUGUUUAAAUAUCGUUUGAAUUAUUUGAAUUUCAAAACCUAUUGAAAAUGGAUAAAUAUCAAUAGUAAUUAGUUUGAGUAAUAGAUUUUAAAUCAAAAUUUAAUAUCCCUUCCGUAUAAAAAUCAUUUAAGAUUCCACUAGUUCCCAUUCAACAAUGUUUUUAGUUAUCAUAUCCGUAUUUAUUCAAUAAUACACGUGGAUAUCAUACAUAGUAACAGUUAAAGCAUUUGAUUUUCAUUUAUCUAGUCUCACAUCUUAACUAUGGUCCCCGCUCACUUAAAACAGCCUUGUUGGAUAACAUAACAUUUCAUCACAAACACAAAUGUCUGAUUUAUAGUUGAGUUAAUUUACUUUAGUAUAUGUAACAAACUUUCAUUAAGUGAUUAACAAGUAAAUGGAUUAUUUACCUCCUCUAAAGUACAUAAAUUCAGAGUACUCUCUUGGUUCGCUAAUACACUUCUCCAUAUUAAUAAUAAAUCCCUCACAACCUAAUGCGGAAUUUUUUCUUUAACAUUCUUUUUAUUUUCCUCUCGCUUUAUCUUUUAUUGAAUAGACGAGUAGCUUAAAAUGACCUUUGACCUAAACUCCAGUUACGUGUUUAUUUUCUUUCUAAACUCUAAAAGAGUAUUGUUAUCAAUGGUUUUACUAAUAAUCUCCACACAAACAUCUUAUAGCUACUAUAUCUCAAUUUAUUUACUAAUUUUAUGAUUACUAGCUGGAAGCUCUCAAGAAUUUUUGGUUCCCAGUGCGCCAUGUGUCCCAGAAGUGUACCCCCUGGAAACACUACAUAACGCUUUAACUUUAAGUCAAUUGGAAGCCUUUCUUGUUCGUUUAACUACUCAUAAGUUUCCGACUCCAUUUACAUCACCGAAACACCCAUCUACUCCUGUAAAUUAUUAUCACCAUCACCACCAAUCUCAGUUAAGUCAAACUACUCUUGAGUUCUUCUCUCAGUAUCAUGACUUGUGUACUAAUCUAUCUUCUUCACUUCCGAAUUCUACUGGAGAUGAUACUGCAGCACAGGACUGUUCCAAUAUUGUUGAUGAAGCCUCUACUCAACUACAGCAACCUGUGUCAUCAAAUGUUACGUCAAUAAUCCCAUCCGCUUCACCGUUUCAAAAAAUUACUUCCAGAAAUACAAAUUGCCAACAGUAAAUCAAAAAAAUUCCGACUAUCUUUUCUUCCCUAAUUAAUAAAAGUCGAUUUCUUCAUUUGUGGAUAAUUGAAGAAUAUCACAAGUUCACUUUUGCCUCUGCUUCUGUAUACAUAUAAUAAACAGUUUUCUCCUAAUCUUAUAUGAUCCAUUUCAUCUAGAUAUUGAUCUCUAAUUAAUCGAGUAUUUAUUACUUGUUUUAUUUUAUAACCAAUAUUUUCUUAGGAUUUUUUUCAGUUUGUCUGUAUUUGUUUACUCUUUAGUUCCUUGUUUGUAUAUAAUGGUUUUCUAAUAUUGCCUUUUUAUUUUGUGUACUUUUUUUCUUUUCUGUUAGUUAUUUAAUAAUAAUUCGAGAAAAAUACAGGUAUUGGUUUG